UGUCGAGCUACCACAGACUGACACCGACAUGGAGAUGGUGCUUCGCCCCGGUCCAAUCAAUACAGAUGAGGAGGAGGCCGACUGUGCAAAGGCAUGGGCUGAUGCGGAUCAAGAACGGGUGCAAAGGAGAAUGAGGGAGGAGGAGGAGCGACGCGCAACUAUACCAACCCACGAAGAAUUGGAGAAACUGAAGAAGAAGGUUGGAGAGCGAGGAUCGGAGCCAGUGGGGGAUAUGGGCCGGCCAGAGGAGGAGAAAGAAGAGGCGAUGGGCCAGCGAGAGGAGGCGGCAGAACACGAGAUUGGCCAGCCAGGGGAGGAAGAAGAAAAGAUGGAGGAGCAAGUGGAGGAAGAAGAAGAGGCUCGCAUGGAGCAGCGAGAGGAGCGGAUGGAACAGGAGCAACAGGAGGGCACGGAACAGCAAGAAGAGGAGCUGGAGGAGAGUGAGAAGGAGUUGCAGCAGGAAAAGACGGAGAACAUCGAGGAGGAGGAGCGACAGCAUGCACCGACGACCGUGUACAAGGGACGAAAGCAAACUGUGGAGGCUGCUGGCUCACCGGAGAAUUCCCCCGACUUCCCAGCCAACAAAGCAGAAGCCCAACACGACAACCUGUGGGUCAGCAGGUGCCACGUCAGCAACAUGACGGGCCUGCCAGGCCAACUGGCCAAUGAGACCAUUGCCGCCUACAAGCAGCAUUGCCUGGCUCAGAUAGAGGCUGAGGAACAACGCCUGCUGGCAGUCGAGGCUGCCCGCGUACAGGCUGAAGAGGCAGCAGCAGCAGAGAAGCUGCGGCUACAGGCCGAUGCAGACGCAGAUGCCCAGGCUCGCCGCAAGGAAGCCCAGGAUCUGCUACAGCGGCAUGAAGCCACAAGCAUCGACAGACUCAAGUUCUGGCUUUUUGAACCGAACGGCGACGAGGCAACACCGGAAGAGCAGCAUAAGGAGUUCCUCUCCAAACUCGUGACACGGUUGCUGUAUGCUUGCAACUACCAACGGUCAGAGUUGGAGAGACAGUACCAGGACCUGACGCAACAACAUCAGGAGUUGGCGACGCUCCGCCGCACAGUGCAGAGCCACGAUGAUGCAACUCGGGCACUCAAUGCCCGAUUGCUGAACUUGGAACAGGCUGUACCAGGACCAACUGCUGGGGCUUCCAGCAGUGCACCCUCUAGCAGCCAACUGGAGGAACGCGUUGACCACAUCCUGGCAAUGCUCGGCGACAUUAGCACCUUCGCUGCGCCGUCCACCAUCAGCACUCAGCUGCAUACCUUGAAGACCGAGGUCCAACAGUUGCAGUCGACGAACACAGAUGGCAAUCAGAAGAUGCCAACUUUCCAACUGGAAAAGUUCGACAACUACACGCAGAUUCUGCCUGUCGCUAAGCACAAGUACAUCGGCGCCCUGUUCCUGAACUCAAAGGGCGGAUGCCAGACCUGGUUGACCCACCUGGCAACCUCCCACGGCGUCGACGUACCGGACCUCAAGGACAAUAUCACAUGGGAAGAACUGACACGGCUGUGGAAGAAGCAGUUCAUCGUCGACGACGCGCCAGCACUCGCCAUCAACCGACUAUUCACCAUGUCACAGGGCAACACAGCAACACGGGACUGGCUCACGGAGUGGCAGAAGAUUGCGGUUGUGCCCAAUCUGAACUUACCAUUCGAGCAUCUACGCUGUGAGUUCUACAACAGGUCCUGUGCUGCAUUGAGCCAGGCUCUUGGUGAUCGCGAGCAGUACUCAACCUUCGCGGAGAUCAUUGACAAAGGGAGGGAGAUCAUCAAGACCAACAGGUCAGCUGCACACGAGAAUUCAACAUCAUGGCAACCGACCUAUGUGGAGAAGGUACAAAUUGGUCCGCGACAACAACACUUCGCUGCAGUCCAGCAGGACAGUGGAGAUAACCCAGCAGCCACUCCAGCAUCAAGUGACGGUGAUCAGGUGGCUGCUGUCCAGCCGCGAAGCACCAACAAGUCCCGCAACAAUGGGAAGGCGAAAUCCGCAUUGCAGGCCGGAAAUGGACAGCCAGGACAGUUUCCAUGGGUCAAGUUUGGCUUGACCGAGGCGGAGUACAAGUGGAUGCCCGUUCCCUCGAUCGGACGAUUGCCGAAACCGCAUUGCAAUGUGCUCAUGGCACAAUUGCGGGACUACUUGCACACUGCAGUACCAGCUCCGUUGAUGGACGCCGGAGCAGAGGUUGUCGACCUUCUCGCAUACAUCGCGAAGAUCGAUCGCGAGUUCAAGACGCAACGGUACGACGACAUCGACGCACCAUUGCUAUACAUACGCAUUCAGAUCGGAGAGGCGACCUGUAGUGCCUUGAUCGAUUGCGGAGCAUCUCGCAACUACAUCAGCCAGGACUUCAUGGUACGCGCCGGCCUUGGCCCACGUGUCCGGAGGAAGUCCCAACCUACGCAAGUCACUCUGGCAGACGGUCAUACGCACAAGUCCAUCAACCGGUGCAUUGACGCCGUCCCAGUGUACUUUGCCCCUCACGCAAGUGAGGCGGUGUCCUUUGACAUUCUGGACACCAAAUUUGACACGAUCUUGGGCAUGUCAUGGCUGCGAAGCGAGGAUCACCCGGUGAACUUCUUCAAACGCACCGUUCACAUUCGUGAUCGGAACGGAGUAUUAGUUCCAUGCACGGUGCCCCUUCCUCAUCCUUCGAUCAGAUGCCACGUGGUAUCCGCCGCAAGCAUGCGAGCUUCCAUCAUCAGAGACGACAUCGAGGAGAUGGGGGUGUGUUUUCUCCACGCCCUCCUGCCCCAUGACGCUUCAUCAACGGACUCACCUUCGGAUCCACGCAUCACCGAGCUUCUCGACGCCUAUAGCGACGUGUUCGAAGGCCCGCACGAAGUAGUACCGGAUCGACCCAUCCGCCACGAGAUCAUCCUCGAGGACGGGGCCGUACCUCCGCGCGGUUGCAUAUACCGAAUGAGCGAGGAAGAGUUAAGUGUGCUCCGCGCACAACUCGACGACCUUUUGGAGAAAGGCUGGAUUCGGCCUAGCUCAUCGCCAUACGGUGCUCCUGUUCUCUUCGUCCGGAAGAAGAACAAGGACCUGYGGUUGUGCAUCGAUUAUCGCAAGCUCAACGCGCAGACGAUCAGGAACGCCGRCCCUCUCCCAUGCAUCGAUGAUCUUCUCGAGCGAUUGGGCGGCGCCCAGUUUUUCUAGAAGUUGGAUCUCAAGUCAGGGUACCACCAACUCGAGAUUCG